AUGGCAGAGAAGGAAGGAGGGGUUGUGAAGAAAGGUCAUGAAGAGGGAAUGGAGAUGGCCAUUGCUCUUCUCCAAGAGUUCGACCUCCCAUUAGGACUUCUCCCUCUUGUGGACGUGAUCGAGGUCGGUUUUGUGAGGGAUACCGGGUACAUGUGGAUCGAGCAAAAGAAAAAGGUUGAACAUAAAUUCAAGAUGAUCAGUAAACUGGUCAGCUACGACACACAAAUUACUGGUAUUGUGGAUAAGAAACGGAUCAAGAAACUCAAAGGAGUUAAGGCUAAGGAGCUCAUGUUGUGGCCUCCGGUGAAUGAGAUCAUCGUCGAUGAUCCACCCACUGGAAAAAUCCACUUCAAGAGCCUCGCUGGUGUCACCAAGACUUUCCCCGUCGAUGCAUUUGCUGCUGGGCAGUGA